AGUGCUCAUUCAAAUUGUACUACAUUGAAACUCGUUACCCUUGAUAUAGAAUUGAAAACACCUAGGUACUUCGAAACUGAGAUACUUACGUAGUUAUUGCAGCACGCCAAUCUCCAAAAAUGAGAAGAUUGACAGAAUUAUUUGGGAAAUGUAGAUAUAUGCAAUAUCUAGCGGUUACGUCAGCCGCAAUGGCGGGCAUUUGUUCGUAUAUGAUAGGGUCCUGGGGUUCGCCGUCUAUUCCAAAAUUAACCUCGUCGGAUUCGCCGAUUGGUGUCACAUUAAGUAGUGAGGAAGUCUCUUGGGUAGCUUCGUCGCCUUUGCUUGGCUUCGCCCUAGGAGCACUAACUUCAUCGAUACCACUCAAAAUAAUCGGCCCCAAAUGGUCCCUUCUAAGCGCUUCACUGCCGAUAGCUGGAUGUUGGCUUGGAAUAGCGUUUUCGAAAUCGGCGGUGGUUUUAAUAGUGCUCCGUUUCCUGUCGGGAGUGUGCGAUGGUAUCAUUGUAACGGUGGGGCCACUUUACAUUGGAGAAGUCGCCGACAAAGAUAUUAGGGGGAAAUUAAUCACAUUUUUCCCCAUUUUUUCUGGGUUGGGAAAUUUGAUUGUGUUAGCAGUAGGUCCGUUUGUGGAGUAUAAAACUUUAAAUUUCAUUUGCGCGACUGUUCCAAUUUUAUUUGCCACCAUAUUUGUUUUUCUACCAGACUCUCCAUACUUUCUUCUAAGAUCUGGAAGAGGUGCAGAAAGCAAACGUUCCUUACGAAGACUAUUAAGCAACGAUGUGGACGAUACGACAAUCGAUGAACGAUUGAAAGAAAUUGAAGCAACGAUUCGGUCUGAAGGUACCCAUAAGUUCAAUGUUAUCCAUAUGUUUUCCAAGAAGCAUUUUCGGUUUGCCAUCUUUAUAUCGUUAAAUACAAGAUUAAUACUGGCCUUUGGGGGAAUGACAGUACUAAAAUCAUACCUGCAAACAAUAAUUGGAGGAACAGCAAGCAGUAUUUCUCCCGAAAUUUCGAGUUUAAUAUUUGCUAUUGCUCAGCAACCACCUGUUAUUUUAACAGCGUUCUUGGUUGAUAGGGUGGGUAGGAAGAUACUUUUGACAAUAUCAACCCUGGGAUGCGCUCUUAUGCUUGGACUAGAAGGAAUUUAUUUCUACUUGCAAAGGGUUGCGGAAAUAGACCUUAGCGCUGUGUCUUGGUUGCCGACUGCAUGCCUUGUAAUUUAUUCCUUCAUGCAGCCGAUAGGAAUUGGUGCGAUGCCGAGUAUUAUAGUAGGGGAAAUAUUUGCAGAUGAAAUUAAGAGUGCUGCUGCUGGCAUUCCGACCACAUUUAGUGGUAGCUGCCACUUUUUACUAGCAAUAUUUUUUUUGCCAAUAUCCGAGGCGUGGGGGAUGCAUGUUAUGUUUUGGGUAUUUAGUGUAUUUUGCUUUUACGGUGCCAUUUUUGCUAUGUUUGUGCUUCCUGAAACGAAAGGAAAGUCAUUUUUAGAAAUACAGGAAACGCUUUCCAAGAGCAGAUGUUGUUGAUUAACCGCAGCUUCUGAUCAGACAUUUAAAGAGUUUGUUUCGCAUGUAAUAAAGAACCAAUUACAAUUCUCAUGUA